AUCACUCUACCACACAGCCUAAGAGGUAAUAGGCGCUGGAGAGGAAACCAGUGAAAUAGGUGAUCCAUUUGAGGUGAACUAAGCAACAGAGUCGCGUAAUAAAAUGAUGGAUCAAGCAGCACUGUAGGUUGGCUGUCACAGCUGCUCCACCUCAAGUCAUUCUCAAGCUUCCAUAAAACAGAACAGAAUCGUAUUUGAUUGUAGACUUUGUGAACAUCACUAAACUGCACUCAUGGAUUGGAAGACUCUCGAGUCGCUCCUCAGCGGGGUAAACAAAUACUCCACAGGUUUUGGACGCAUCUGGCUGUCUCUGGUGUUUGUGUUCCGCGUCAUGGUGUUUGUGGUGGCCGCUGAGCGAGUGUGGAGUGAUGACACGAAAGAGUUUGACUGUGACACCAAAAGACCUGGCUGCCCCAAUGCCUGCUAUAACUACUUCUUCCCCAUCAUACAUACACGGCUGUGGGCCUUACAGCUCAUCUUUGUCACCUGCCCUUCCUUCUUGGUGGUCAUGCAUGUGUGGUACCGCGAAGAUCGUGAGCGCAAGUACCGCUUGACCCACGGCGAAGGGGCGAAACUCUACGACAACCCUGGCCAGAAACAUGGAGGCCUGUGGUGGACGUAUCUCUUCAGUCUGUUCUUCAAGACAGCCAUAGAGAUUGGGUUCCUCUACCUCCUGCAUCUGAUCUACAACAACUUCGACAUGCCUCGCAGCGUGGUCUGCGACAUCGAGCCCUGCAGACAAGUGACGUGUUACAUAGCCCGGCCCACCGAGAAGAGGGUGUUCACAUACUUCAUGGUGGGGGCCUCAGCUAUCUGCAUAGUCCUGAACGUGUGUGAGAUCUUCUACCUGAUUGCCAUGCGGAUCUUGCAUCUCACUCACAAAGGCAGCCAUGUCACCCAGCGCAGGAGGUGUGGAGAAUGCGAUGGCUGUAACAUAGCAAUGACACCUAUAGACUACAAGCCAGCCUAUACAGAAAAGUCAGAAAAGCAGUCAUAACAUGCUGGAUACAUAAAAGAGUUUUAUAUAUAU